CCGCAGGCUGUUGGGGGAAGGGCGGGUCCUCGCGGCAGCGCCUGCCGGCGCCGAGCUCCGGGUCUUCGGGCUUGCUGGGCCGCUCUGGGUGCCCUUUCCUUGUGAGCGCCCUUGGCUCUCCCGCUUCUAGUGCCAACCAGUAUCGCCAACCUUGUUUCGGAGGAGCCGGUUCUCCCUUCAAAGACUCCAGGCCGCUCCCAUAUCAUAAUUAAAUUGGGGGAAGUAGGCAAAGCGUUGUCAACGGAAAUCAGCAUAACCUGGCAGGAAUUCCCAACUACCGCUUCAAGGUGUGGUCUCCUUUGGGAACUACAGGGAAGCUAUUCUUCCUGCUUAGCUUCUACCUGUAACCUGUGGGAAUAUCCCCUGAUAUAUCCAAACUACAGUCCAGACUGAAGAAGGCAAGGCCAAGAAAGAGGUCAAGAUGGGGUUUAUAUUUUCAAAGUCUAUGAAUGAGAACAUGAAAAGCCAACAGGAGUUCAUGCUUAUGAAUUCCCGACUUCAGCUGGAAAGGCAGCUAAUAAUGCAGAAUGAAAUGAGAGAAAGACAAAUGGCUAUGCAGAUUGCUUGGUCUCGGGAAUUCCUCAAAUAUUUUGGAACUUUUUUUGGCAUUACAGCCGUCUCUUUAACAGCUGGAGCAAUUAAAGGGAAGAAACCCGUCCUCAUCUUUCCUAUGGUUCCACUAGGCUUUGUCCUUGCCUACCAGUAUGACAUGGGCUAUGGAACCCUUAUACACAGAAUGAAAGGUGAAGCCGAGAACAUACUGGAAACAGAAAAGAGUAAGCUGCAGCUGCCAAAAGGAAUGAUCACUUUUGAAAGCCUUGAAAAAACAAGAAGGGAACAGAGUAAAUUUUUCAUAGACAAAUGAAAUCACGUUUACCCACCAGAUCUCAAAACACAGAAUUGUUGACUUGAAUCAUGACCUUUAUAACUUUUUAAAUGCUUGUGAUUUUGAUAUAAUGGAUUUCGUUUUAAAAUAAUAAUCAAGAUGAAUUUUGUUAAACUAUUUUAAAAUAAAAUUUAUACCAUUCAACACAAAA